AACACAGAGUCUGCUAACAGACCGACUGAAACGGACAGGGUCAAAACCGCUUUGGAUUUCAGGAAAAGAUUAUUCCAACGAGCAGCAUUUUUCUUUCUUUCUUUUUUUUUUUUUGGAAAAGCUAACAAUACAUUGGGUAAUUCUGAAACAAUGUAUCGGUUCCUUUCCAUGACCGUGAUUUCACUGCUAGUUAUUUUGGGGCCCCAUGUCAGCAUACAGUCUUCAUCAAGACAUCUCGAGCGGAGCAUCAACAGGACAUACAUAUCAGUGCUGAAAGUGUCCAACGGAAUGAGAUGGGGGACAUGGGGACUGGAGGAAAUAUGUCAAACCGGUACAUAUGCCGCAGGGUUUAGCCUUAAGGUGGAAAGAAAUCUGCUUCCACUUCAAGAUGACACCGCACUCAAUGGAAUUCGUCUUCACUGCACUGACCCGUCCAAAAACUCAGCAUAUAGUCGUGAGCACUACUCAACUGUACAGUCAGAAGUAGGAAGCUGGGGAACAUGGACAAAUAUAAAAUGGUGCUCAUCUGGAUUCUUGAAAACUUUUCAGUUGAGAGUAGAAUCGUCCCAAGGAGGCGGGGAUGAUACAGCCGCAAACAACAUCAGAUUCACAUGCAGUGAAAACGGGGAAGUACUGGAAGGGAGCGGAAUGUUGUGGGGCGACUGGGGCGACUGGAGCAACACGUGUCCAGGAAAAGGAAUCUGUGGCAUCCAGACGAGCAUUGAGGAGCCGCAGCACAGCGGAGAUGAUACGGCCCUCAAUGAUGUGAUGAUGUACUGCUGCAAAUAAAAAAUGCUGCCAUUGUUAAAUUACAUCUAUGAAAAAUACCAUUGAGAUACAGAAAAUUUAAUUUGAGUUCAUUUAAAGUUAAAUUGUGUAGUUUCUGUGCCACCCGAAUGGAUUUGCAAAAAUAAAAUUUGUUUUUAAACAC